CGCAUUGUACCUAUUCAGUAAGUAAGUAACAGCCACAAACAUGAAGAGGGUUGAGGUGCGGCGAGUGCAUCCUGCCUGGCUCCUGGCAAGACAUAGUAAUGCGAUCAUGAUCAAGAUUAGAGCUAGUGGAAAAGAGGACUGUGGUGGUGCAAAAGCAAAAGCAUUCGCGCACUGCGGAGGCGAGAGGGUGUACCCACGUCCUAGUGGGGGAAAUGGAAGGAGGCAAGCGACUAACGGACGUAGAAGAGAAGAGGUCGCAAUGUCGAAGUGAGGCGUGUUUGAACUGUUUGCGCGGUUUCGAACCUCCCUUAUCCACUGUGUCCUAAUUCCCUCACAUUCCUUCAUCCAUCGUUCUUGAUCACCUCAUGCGUAAAACAUCUCAUGCCUCCGUACAUCAUCUCACAUACCAUCCUGAAGCACAAGCCCAAUGUAUUCCAACCCCGGCUGCUUUCAUCUCCAUGUCCCACGUCGACGUAACCAUUGCAUGCAGCGCUCGGCACGUUGGAUCAGGGUGUGCAUGGCGCACAGCCUGCUCCAGCUUCUGCGCGCGGAGGAAGUUGAAGGCAUGAGUGUAGGUGACGUGCAGAAGGGCAUCGUAGUCGUUGUUGCCAGCGGAAACAGUUGGGAUUGCAGAGCCUAUCCUUGUGGUAGAGAGCUGUUUGCGAGGAGCGGCGGGGACCGAGCUGUCAGCAACAUGUCCAUGCUCUUUUGGUUGUUGGUGGAGGAAGAGGAAGAGGAAGAGGCGGUGUGGAACAGAAGCGGGUUGAGCAGCGGCCAUUCAAUAGAACGCUUUUGCGGCGACUGCUCCAUGGUCCACGUUGUCAUUCGUGUGAGCGUCGUGGACAGCUCGGUCGCAGCCAUGCUCGUCACGGUAGUGGAGGCGGGCCAACCAGUGCAUCACUUGAGAUGUGCCAGACAUGGCCCCUGUAGCCAUAGACAGUGAAAGUUGGCCACUUUGGAGGCUGUUCAUUGCCUGCUCUUGCUUGAUCAAGACGCACAAGCACAUCUGAAAGCGCUUCAGUCUUGCGCCCAAUGGC